AUGUCCAGUCUUCCCUCUUAAUUUUUUUCUUCUGUUUAUUUGGCUUCUUCUUGUUUUUAAGCUAUCCCCUCCCUAUCAAUUCUUGUUUUCCUUCCUCAUUCUAUGUUUAUAUUUCUCUCUCUCUCUCUCUCUUUCCUCCUGCACUUGUAAAACUUCGCUUCUUCCACAUUCAACUUCCUUCACCCCCCCCCCCCCCCUAAUAUAUCUCCCUAAACCAAGAGCCUCCCUCCUAUUUCACAUCUCUUUUCUCUUCCUUGAUUACCAUUAACCAACACCACCAACCCGCCGACUUUCAACGAAAGAAAUGACACACAACCACAUGUAGACGAAGAGAGAGAGCAGAGGUGAACUAGAUAUAUCCGUAGCAGCAGGGCAAAUACAGAGACAGAGAGAGAGCGAGAGAGAGACAGGAAGGUACCCUGAAUGUACAUGUUGGUCUCGUAGCAUACACUGCUGUCAGCUUUAACUCUGCCUAACCUAAUGUCUUUAUACUAUUUAACCGAUCCAGACUUUCCCCCAACUUGCUCCUGGAUAUAUUUUAUUAUUAUAUUUAAUUCGAUUUUAUUGAACUGCUGUGUUUAUUUGACGUUGUGUUCUUCAGCAAGUUUUCGGAAUGGUUAUCCACUUCGAUUGCACGUCUGAAAAAUGGAGAAGGUAACCAUGCCACCACCCAAUCGUCAGAGAGCUAGGGCCGUUGCUUGAACAUCAGUGACCCUGGUGUCAUGGAUUUGCUGUUUUUGUGUCCAUUACCGAGUCUUAGUCCAGAAUAUUCCAAAGAUGUCUUGUCAGAAGCUUCAAAGAUCACCUGAAGAAUGUGUUCCUUGGUUGUUAACGACUCGAAGUAUGUUGAUACUACUUACUGGCAUAAUGCUGUUAAAUACGCUCGGGUUGAGUCUGGAGAAUUCUUGUCAAGUUCUUGGCGAGGAGAAUCAGUACCAGGCCAACUGUUGUAAAUUAAACUUGACUCAUGUUCCCUAUAACUUGUUAAAAAGCAUACGUAGUCUAUAUUUGGAUCACAAUCGUAUCGCCCUCACCAAAGAAAGCUACUAUUUCACGGUCUAUGAAAACCUGAAAGUCCUCUCACUUGUAAAUAAUUCCAUUAAAUUCAUUCACGCCAAAUCUUUCUUUCGCCUAAAACUGGAAGUUCUAGAACUUUCUGGAAAUCUACUCAGAAAUGUUCCAGUUAACGCUUUACGUGGGCAGAGCUUUCUUCAGAAUUUGUCUCUAGAAAACAACCGAAUCGAUUACAUAACAAAGGCUGAUUUCCAGGCACUUGAAAGCUUAAUUGAGCUGAAACUGUCAGGAAAUUACAUCAAAUCCAUUGAUGGAAUGUCUUUCAUAGGUUUAAAGAAUUUGUACAAUUUAGAACUUCAUCAGAAUUCCCUACAAACUUUACCCCAUAACUUAUUUCAGAGCUGUAACGAAAGCUUACAAACAAUUACCUUGUCCCAAAACUCCUGGUACUGCGACUGUCACCUCCGUUGGUUAUCAGAAUAUUUCCUAAUUAAAAAUUGGACUUCGGCAUCAACUGGAAUGCACUGUAAAAUACCCCUGUCUCUCCAAAGUAAGAAGUUCCUGUCGAUUCCUUGGGAAUUGUUUGCUUGUCCUCUUGUGAUGGAUUCCAGCAGCACCAAAAUGAUUGUGAAAAAUAACGACAACAUUUCACUGAUCUGCAGGGUACAAUCGAACCCACCCGCUAGAAUAUCCUGGUGGUUUAACAACAAACUAAUCGAUGAUUUUGAAUAUUAUACCAUAACCCACUCUGUUGGUAUCAAUGGCAUGAGUGUUCUUCAAGUCAGUAACUUUGAUUUUGGUGAUAUGGGUUCCUAUAAAUGUGUUGCCCAAAACUCUGUCUCCAAUAGUUCGGUUGUUUACACACUGGUCAUUGAAGGUUUCAGUCAGUACAAAAAGAAAGCACUGACGUCUUCCGAAGCUGUCGAACAACCCAGUUCGGUGCAUUCGGCCGUUAUCAGUGUGUGUGUCACAGGUGGUUUGAUAUCGCUCUGUAUCAUAAUAGUUCUCGUGUUCUACUACUGGAAACGCUUCACCAGACUCCAAGAACAGAAGCAGGAAGAAAUAAAACUGAAGAUCAAAAACCAUUUUGAAUCCAGUAGAAACUACAAGCCCGAUUCUGAGAAUAACAAGAGCCCCACGAGUGAACAAGGGAGAAACGAAGAAACUGAACCCUUGUAUGAUGCGGUGAAACCCGUCCUGCAGCCUCAACGAGAAACACAACUUUCUGAUAUUAUUGCAAAUAAUAAACAAGCUUACACUGACCUGCAGGAGGUCGAGGCCUAUUCUCCAAGCACCCUCAUGACAACGUUAGAUUCCGAUAACACCGGAGUAUUUUGGACAGGUUCAUCUCGGAACGACUGUUCUUCCAACCCAUCAGAUCUAGCUUGUCCACUUCUGGAAACUUCAGGUUAUAUUUCUUAUCCAAAUGAAUGGGAAAUUAACGGUGAGGUGUUUCUCACCCCAUACCCUUCUCCGCAUCCGAGAUAUGUCGAAAACUAUCCUCGCUCUGUCCCUUCUUUGCCUCCUUACUACACACAUUCAUUCCAUAACCAUCAUCCACCAUAUCACAGCAACACUUCCUCAAUGCCAAUGGGACCUUGUGACUGGCCAUUUUCCACGAUGCCUUACCCAGGAAAAUAUGAAGACCACAACAGAUGCGCGUCGGUUGGCAGCGUAGGGUCUGAGCCAAUCCCUCCCAAGAAACCGCCACGAUUGCACAGCUAUUCCAGCACUACGAGUGACAGGAGAAAGUUUUCUCUGCCAAAGCCUGGCUCUGUUGAUGAGUUUGGGACAGCAGUCUGAGACCUUGGAAUGGAUAUAUUUCUCGUGUUAUAAUUUCUACUAAUUGGAGCAUUUAACAGAAGAGACAAGUGGAUUCUUCUUACAUUUCCCCCCACUCUUCUUGAUCAAACUUGAUCAACAGUCAUGGGUCACUUUAAGGUGAUUUGCGUUCCAGGGGUUAUGUUAAUUUGUUGAAAAUUUUGUCAAUGGAUUCUGACCUAAAUUUUCAGUCCAGUCUGAUAAUAAGACAUGACAUGUGCCUUCUUCUUCUUCUUAUUAUUAUUUUUCUUUCUCCUAAUUUCCUUCCCACAUUCUUGACUGUUUUCUUGCCUUCAGAAAUGAACAGUUUAGCAAUGGAACGUUCCACUUUUUGAAAGAUUUAUAUUGUGUUUUUUUAUGCUGUAUACACAGACAUGUAUAUAAAGCAUACACGCAUAUACACAUAUAUGUAUAAAACAUAUGGUUAUACACAUAUAUCGUAAACAUUCAGACAAACAUACAUAUA